UAUUUGUUUAAUGUUUAUAUAUAUGUGUUGAGAAGAAAAGCUGAUUGUACAUGGUAGAAAUUUUCCAUUUCAUUUUCAUUGUUUUUUCUUGAAAUCUUUUCGACUGUAUGUUUGAUAAUAUUUACCAUUUUAUUCUCGCGAAGGGUUUAUCUAGAAUUAGUUUUUCAGCAUGUUACGCGCUUUCGAUGUUAAUAGUUUGAUUACGUUUAUGUGAAAUCGAAUGUAAUAACUGUCAUAUUAAACCAUCUUCAGCCUUUAUCAGAAGAAUCAUUGUAAUUAUCGCAGAUCACUUGAUAUUCGAUCCCGCUGUGUAAAGAUUUCCAAAAUGGCUGGCGAACAACAACAAUUUUUCUUGAAAUGGAAUGAUUUCCAAGUCAAUAUGAUGACAUCAUUCAGAAAUUUAAGGAACGAUAAGAGUUUUACCGACGUUACUUUGGCUUGUGAGGGACAAACGUGUAAGGCCCAUAAAAUGGUAUUGUCAGCUUGUAGUCCGUACUUCAAAGCGCUGCUUCAGGAAAAUCCGUCCAAGCAUCCAAUCAUUAUUUUAAAAGAUGUACCAUUCACUCAUUUGCAAGCAAUAUUAGAGUUUAUGUACGCCGGAGAAGUAAACGUUAGUCAAGAACAACUGUCUGCAUUUUUAAAAACCGCUGAUAGAUUAAAAGUAAAAGGUUUAGCUGAGGCACCGCAGUCUAUUAAGCGGGAAAGUUAAAGAUGACAUAAUUAUUUAUUCAGUAAUGAUUAUAAUUUUUGUGAGUUAUGUGGAUUGCUCUAUCGUUUGAGUUACUGUUUCGUUUUUCUUUUUUUCCAGUUAACAUUUAAGUGAUCCUAGUAAAAAAAAAUCCGUGUAUAUACACUAGACAUUUGAAAAGUAACAGUUCGUUUCAUGUUUAUGAGACAGACAGAUUUUUUUCUACUGGAUAUUUUAUAAAUAUUUCUUUUUACAUUAAUUACUGUGCACAACAAAUUUAAUUUACUUGAAAGUUAAAUGUAGGGGUUAUUUCAAUGGAGUAUUUUUUUUGUACAUUACUAUUUUUUAGUAUAUUAUUGCUGAAGAUUGUAAAAAAUUAAAAUUACAUAAAUUCUCUAAAAAGUA